UAGGACUACCUUUAGAAACCCCUAAGUUGCUAGGUCGGCGGUAAAUAAAGAUGCUGAGCUAGCACAGUUUCUGUAGGUGAUGCAUUGGUUGUGCAACCUCCUACAUAUAAAUCGACCGGUAAAGUCAAAAUAUCAGAAUUGGUAGAGAACGUCAGCAGCAAUAUAUCGAAAACUGUAAUGUGAAAUCAGUCGAAUUAGUACAGGUAAGAUAGAACACAAUAUUAAUCAUGCCAAACAGAGGAAGAGGAAGAGGGCGCGGUAGAGGACGUGGUGGUGGUAGGGGUGGGCGUGGAAGAGGUAGAGGACGUGGACAACAGCCUGCCAAAACCCCACAAGAUGAAGUUAAAGAUGUAAUUUUAGACAUUGAUAAGGAUAUCAAAGAGUAUUUUGUGGGAACUGCAACCAUUGAUCAGCAUUAUGAUGCACAAGAAAAGAAUUGUAACCGUUAUGUUGCAGGAAUGGCAGUUAUGCAGAGGAAUGGGGUGGAGAUCUCUCAAAAUGCCCGGAUAAGAGCAUUAGCAGCAGCAUGGGCAAGAAAGGAUUUUGCUCUUGCGGAUUCUUUUUUAAAGAACACAGACAACUUUGGUCUAAUUGAAGUGCUAAAGGCAUUAACUCUGCUAGACAGUUCUCGAAAAAUACGUGUAGAAGAGAAAAAGUUGAAGCGGCUCCAUAUACAGCAGUGUAAACCAAAACCAAAAACCCUUGGAAAGGUCAAGGCAGAGAUUAACAAUUUGACUGAAAAUAAACCAAAGAUGGGCUCAGCAAGUGGAGCAUUAUGCAAGCGCUUGAAGAAAUGGGUGAGACAACUCUCGAAAGAUGAGCUAGAAUUUUAUGCACUGCACUUCCCAACAGACCCCUGGAAAAAACUAGCUGACGUAUGCCAUUUCAACCCAAAGAAGGACUUCCCUAAUUUGCCUUGGUUUCUACCAUUUUGCUAUGGGGGACCUGCCCCAGAGGAGUCCAUGGUGUUUAGGUGCAAAGAGGUGACUGCAGAAAACGUCAAUUCGCUCAUCAUGGAAUUUGACAUCCCUUACACUCAUCUUAAAGACCAGAAGAAUAUGCUCUCAGUGGAAUCAAAAGCAAGGAUUGCCAAGUACACACCAAAGAUUGACACUUUGCUAUGGUACUAUGAAGACUUGGAAUGUGAAGAGGUUGACAAAAUCAUAGAAGCUAGAUUGACAGCUGGAGAGCAAGUUACCCUGAACUAUGGGAAACUGAUGGAGAGAUUACUGAAAUUCAAAAUAAUGCGUGAAAAUACAAAUACCAGAGUGGACGACUGGGGUGGCGGAGAUGACUGGGGCUCUGAGCCAGUGAAAACUGAAACUCCUGUCACUGUUAGCAAUCGUGCAAUGUUCAUUGAGCGUCUGAUACCAUUGGCUCAAAAACAGUUGGAAGGAUUAAGCCUUCCUUUGGAGCAACCAAUUGUUGUGAUUGGUGAUGCUUCCCCAUCUAUGAAUGUGGCUAUCAGGACAUCGACAAUUAUUGCAAGUUUUCUAACAGCAAUCACCUCUGCUAAGCUGGUCUUCUUUGAUUCCGUUAAUAGGGAUGCUCCAUUCAUUCCAACUAAUAUUGAGGAGGUGUUAAAAAUGGCAUUGACAAUCCAAACUGCUGGUGCCACUGCUCCCGCAGCCAGUUUGUACCCAUUCUAUGAGAGGAAAGAGGUAGUGAAAACUUUCAUCAUUGUCACAGAUGAAGAGGAAAAUACAUCCUUUCAGGGCUACAGAUUCCUUCCACUGUUCAAGAAGUACCAUGAAGAGGUCUAUCCUGCAAAAUUGGUCUUUAUUUCAUUCUUGCAUAGUCAGCAUGCUCAAGGUCACAUGGUGAGAGCACUACAGGCUGAAGGAAUUUCUGUCAUGCAGUUUAAAUUGGACGGUGGAAGACCAGAUUUAACUAAGAUGGAGAAUUUGAUUGGGCAAUUGUCUUCAGAGUCUGUUAGUUUUGAGGAAGAAGUUAAGAAAUUGGAAGUUGAAAUUGCUACAAAUAAAACCACAAUGAGCUUUGAUCAACUCCUGUUAUGAGAAGGAAAUAUAAGUCCCUCAAGGAAGUGAAAGUGAAGUGAACGGGAAGUUGUUAUGAACUAUAUACUGUUUGUUAAUUACAAUGCAUAGUCUUUGAAUAUUAAAAUAUAUACUAUAUAUAUAUAGUAGUGUUAAAAAAACAUUAGGUGAUAGAUAAGCUUAAAAAACAUGCAUAUAUUGUCACUAUGCAUAAGGGGUAUUGCUUGCACUCUAUAAAUUAAAUAAAUAUAAAAUAAUU